AUGAUACAUGCUGAUAAUGUUACAAUACUUAUUUAUGCCUUUUCCAUAUAUAAUCCAGGGAGCCAUAUUACAAUAGUCGCACAUUCUCGCAUGGUGGAUGUAAGCUUGCAAGCAGCAAAGCAGCUAGAAGCGGAAGGCAUUGAUGCAGAGGUGAUAAAUCUACGAAGCAUUCGUCCAUUGGAUACCCAGUGCAUCAUAGAUUCAGUCAAGAAAACAAACCAUCUUAUCACAGUAGAGGGAGGCUGGCCCCACUUUGGUGUGGGUGCUGAGAUAUCUGCAUCAAUAAUCGAAAGUGAAGCUUUCAACUAUUUAGAUGCCCCAAUCUACCGAGUCACUGGUGCUGACAUCCCAAUGCCCUACGCCACAGAACUGGAGAAGAAUAGCACCCCACAGACACAUAACGUAGUUAACACUGUGAAGAAGACUCUACAUGUAGAAUAAUUAUUAACCCUUUUAAGAGUUGGUGAUCACCUCUACUUGCAACAAGGUAUCCAUGGUCUAUCAUGGUAACCUAAAAAGCAGGUUUAACAGGUUUAUACCUGGAUUAAUGACAAAAUUGAUGUAAUAAGAUGAAUCAUAGUUUCCAAAAACAGCCUGUACGGAGGUAUAAUUUUGGAAAAAAUCAAAACAUAGCUAAAAAAAUACAAUAUUUCUUUAUUUCAGUGUUUUAUUUAAUGGUAGAAUUUCAUAAUUUUUUAAGUUUUCUACUGGACAGGUUACCCUAUUUUAAUUUUCUUGUUAACUAAAAAACUUUUUUGGGACCUCUACCCAAACUGUAAAGAAAUAAUAUUCAAGGGAUUGAUAUGCGGUAUGAAAAAAAAAAUCCCAGGUGGACAGGUUAUCGAUUGCAUAAUUUUUGUUCGGUUACCAGUUUCCUUAGAACAUGAUGCAUAUAAUAUCAGAAUUAAUCAUAUUCUUAUAUGAUUAAUAUUCUUAAAAUAUAUUCGUAUAUACAUAACAUCUAAACAAAUUGUUUAGUUCAUAGAAUGUUUCGAAGAAUAUUUUUAAGAAAGGUAAAUCACUUGUAUGGUAUUACGAUAAAUAAACUGUUUUUCAUCUAAA